CAUUACAGCCUUACUUAAAUUGUCUUUGCAUUUGCUUAUCUAUUGACAUUUUCAACCAUUGUUUGUUGUGCUUUUGAAAAGCUUUCUGCUUUCUGUGUUUUGUUCAUCAAAGGCUUUUCCUUUUGGGGUUCUCUCAAGAAACAUAAAAAAUGUAUCAUUUUUUUUGGUCAUUGCUUUCCUAUCAUGGUGAAAUGAAAAAAAAGGCACAACGAUAAAAUUUUCUUCGAUAGAGAAGUUGGGUUCUUGUUAAAAGAAAGUGGGUCUUUUUCUUUGUUUAAUCAUCACCAAACUUUUAGUGCCAUACAUCAAAAUAGUGGUUUUUUUUUUUGGUUAAAUUAUCAUCACUUUUCAAUUGCAACUCUUCAAGUUGUAUCAUUUGAGUUGUUUUUAACGCUAAAAGUGUUGUUAAUAAAUCACAUUAGCUUUCUUUUAAUGACUUUUAGUCUUUAAUCAUAGCUUAAUGCCCUUCCCUACUUACCAUUACCAUGGAACUUUCUAGCUUCAUAAAUUUUAAUAUUAAAGUCUAAAAGAACACUAGCAUACCUGUUUUUAAUUCGAUUUGUAGUUGUGGUUGUUUAUCCACUCAUGAACUCAUUCAACUCUUGUCCAACUACCUGGGAUUGGCUAAAUGUUGUCCACUUACUAGGAUUUCUUCUGAUUUGAUGGUGGUCCUCUGAUCAAGUUCCCUUGCUGGUUAUCCUAUCAUCAAGAGAGAAAAUGGAAUACGAGGACCGAUACAGGCUAACUCAAAGGCCCAAAUAUGAUUGCCUUCUGUUUGAUCUUGAUGAUACCCUUUAUCCCCUUAGUUCUGGUCUUGCAAGAGAAUGUGGAAAGAACAUUAAAGAUUACAUGGUUGAAAAGCUGCGAAUAGAAAAGGACAAAAUUGUUGAAUUGUCCGACCUCUUGUAUAAGAAUUAUGGGACAACAAUGGCAGGCCUCAGGGCAGUUGGUUACGACUUUGACUAUGAUGAGUACCAUAGUUAUGUUCAUGGAAGACUACCUUAUGAGAACUUAAAACCGGAUCCUCAAUUGAGGAGUCUAUUGCUGAGCUUGCCUCUUCGAAAAAUUAUCUUCACAAAUGCAGACAAGGUCCAUGCAGCUAAAGCUCUUAGUAAACUAGGAUUAGAAGGCUGUUUUGAAGGGGUUAUUUGCUUUGAGACUCUCAAUCCUACCCAUAAGAAUACAGUUUCUGAUGAUGAAGAUGACAUUGAGUUUUUGGGAUCAGCUGCUGCUUCAAAUGAUGUUCCUAGCAGCCCUGAAGUUUUUGACAUAAUUGGGCAUUUUGCUCAUCCCAAGCCAGGUGCAACAUUACCUAAGACACCCAUCGUCUGCAAACCACAAGAAUCUGCCGUAGAGCGUGCUCUCAAGAUUGCCAAAAUCAACCCUCAGAGAACAUUGUUCUUUGAUGAUAGUGUCCGCAACAUCCAGGCUGGAAAACGUGUUGGUCUUCACACUGUGCUGGUUGGCACUUCUCAGAGACCUAAAGUUGCAGAUUAUGCAUUAGAAAGCAUUCACAAUAUCAAGCAGGCAUUACCAGAGCUAUGGGAAACCGACUUGAAAUCUGAAGUCAGUUACCCUGGCCAGGUUCCCGUGGAGACAUCUGUGACAGCUUAGAUCCUAUGUUUAUUUCUUCUUACUAUUAUAAAAAGGAAAGGCCAUCAUGUCCAGUGGGAUCAUAUUGUCCCAAUUCCUUGUUCAGAUGAUGUAAAUGUCUUGUUCUGAUCUUCAUUAUAUAAAAUAUAAUUAAAUCUAUAAAAAAAAUGGAAAAUUCUCCUUUUUUUUCAGUUAAAAA